CACAUGCAAAAAUUAGUGAAACAAUAUAAUCAUUAUUUAGGUCUUUAUCUAGCUGAGUUACACGGAAAAAAAGGGCCCUCUAAUUAAAAGUGCAACUUAAUUAGUGAAAAUAAAAACAAAAAGUGAACAAAUCAGGAAAUUAAAACGUCAAAGAACGUUAAUGGCUCUUCUAAUAAGCAAACAGCUGGACAAGGGCCAAACCACUUUUAAAUAGUAAAGCUUCAUGACUUCAAAGUGGGCCUUCCCACUAGAUUGGCCCUCUUCACAAUCCUUCCUCCAUAAGUUGCUAUAUAUAAUCCCAAUUUAUUUCCAUUCUCAACAUCCUCAAAGUAACACAUACACGCCCAAAGUAGCAUAAUCGCUCAUUCUUAGCUUCCACUCAUUUUAUGCGUGUGUGUGCGUGUGCGUGCGCGUCUUAACUAGAAAAAAAGAAAGAAAGAAAGAACGAGAGAUUGAGAGAGAGCGCGAUAGCGCAAUGUCAUCCAUUUUUGUUGGUGUAGUGAUUUUAACAGUGGCAAGUUUUGUAAUUGGAUAUGGUUUGUUGUUAGUAAGAAAGUUUAUUCAAUGGAGACUAUCUAUCAAAUAUGGAGCAAAGCUUCCCCCUGGUUCUUUGGGCUGGCCAUAUAUUGGUGAAACUCUUGAGCUUUUCUCACAAAGCCCACACGAGUUUUUUACCACUAGGCAAAAAAGGUAUGGGGACAUUUUUAAGACCCACAUAUUAGGGUGCCCAUGCAUCAUGUUAGCAAGUCUGGAAGCCUUAAAGUUUGUUUUGAUGACCAAAGCUAACUUGUUCAAGCCUACGUAUCCUAAGAGCAAGGAAAAAUUGAUUGGUUCAAUGGCAAUUUUCUUUCAACAAGGCACAUACCAUGCUCAAAUAAGAAAAUUGGUUCAAGCUUCUCUUUCAUUAGAUUCCAUUAAAUCUCGUAUUUCCAAGAUUGAAGCCAUUGCCAAAUCUACUUUGGAUUCGUGGGCCGACGGUCGGGAAGUUCACGUCUUCCAUGAAUUAAAGAAGUUCACUUUCGACAUAGCGGUGCUAUCGAUAUUUGGUGAGCUGGACAAUUACUAUAACGAAGAAUUAAAGGAAAAUUACAUCACGUUGGAUAAGGGUUACAACUCUUUUCCUACAAUGAUCCCUGGCACUUCUUACUUCAAAUCUGUUAAGGCAAGAAGGAGGCUGGGACAAAUCAUAAGAGAGAUAAUGAACGAAAGGAGAGAAAAAAGAUUGGCAACAAAUGACCUUCUUGGAUGUCUAUUGAAUUUCAAUGAAGAUAAAAAACCCUUAAGUGAUGAUCAAAUAAUUGACAAUGUUAUUGGUGUUUUAUUUGCUGCUCAAGAUACAGCUGCUAGUAUGAUGACAUGGAUUCUGAAGUACAUUACUGAUUACCACAAUUUACUUCAGGACAUACAGAGUGAGCAAAUGGCAAUAUACAAAGCUAAUGACAAUGGAAAGCGACCAUUGACAUGGACACAAAUUAAGGAGAUGACGGUUACACAUAAGGUUAUGUUGGAGAGCUUAAGGAUGGCCAGCAUUAUAUCUUUUACCUAUCGAGAAGCAGUUGAAGAUGUUGUUUAUGAUGGGUACUUAAUACCAAAAGGGUGGAAAGUAUUACCAUUAUUUCGAAACAUCCAUCAUAAUCCGGCGUUUUUUCAAGAUCCAGAAACAUUUGAUGUUUCGAGAUUUGAGGCAGCUACAAUGAAUAAUAAGCCCCACACAUUUAUGCCGUUUGGUUAUGGCGCCCAUGCAUGUCCUGGAAAUGAAGUCGCCAAGUUGUUGAUGUUCGUUUUUAUCCAUCAUCUCGUCACCCAAUUCAGGUGGGAAGUGGUGGGACCCCAGGGUGGUGUUGAAUAUGGCCCAUUUCCAAUACCGGAACAAGGACUCCCAACGAAGUUCUGGAAAUUAUCGCAAUCAAACUCAACACAACAAUAGCACACAUGCAUAGCACAGUAGUAAUAGUAAAAGAAAAUGGUCUUAGAUAGCAAUAGCAAAUUAGCAUAGUGUAUGUUACAAUAAUGCUAGCUGACUUGGCAGACGAUAGGUACACCAAGUCAGCUAAUUAUUUAAGCUCUUUAAUAACAUGAGUUUAAUUUGGAUUGAUUAAACAAGCCAACCUUAGUAGUUUUAAAUAGUUUGUCUUUAAAUAAUUUUUUUAAAAAUUUAUUUUUAUGCAACUGUAAUAAUAAAUAAUGCAAAACAUCUCAAAGAGAUGGACAAUUUUUCUUAUGGAGUAUGGAGUAAUUGAUUUGGUAACGGCCUUAACUUAUUUUAUUUUACAAUAGCAUGUUGUAAAUGUAAAAGUACUAUAAAUUAUGAAUAGAGUUUUAU